GUCACGUUUUCUCCUAGCCAAUCGCAGCCCUGCUUUAUUAUGACACCGUGGGAUUCCGCGAAAUUGUUUCUUGGAGUUGAGAAAAAGUGCUCCGCACAGCUUCAACCAGGCGAGUUGACGCAUGUAAGCCAGGGGAGAAGGAGCACAUCGUGACAACAACAACAUCGAUUAUAUUGGCGGCUAUUGAUCUGCAAGUUAGGCCGACUAUCGAUAAUAGGUACGCGUUAUACUAUUAUAGGGUUGUGUCGAUCCGCCCUGCUUCAGUAUCCAACAACCCCUGUCGGAGGAGGAUGGUCACAUCGAAGACGACACGUGUGGAUUGUUAGCCACAUGUUUCCUGUGGCCGAGUGUGAUUAGCAUUAUUCAGUCGACAUUUAUUGGAGAUCAUUCAUUCUUGGCGUCAGUCGGAUCCUCGUAGUGCCACGGGGAGCUGAAGCGAUGAUGUCGGAGUGUGAACCGGCCGCAGAGCGGGUCUCCUCCCAGCGGCCCCCGGGUAGUGGUAGUCCCGACGCGCUGCUGCCCACAGAGGACAUGCACAAAGAGAAUCAGGAGAACAGAACUUUGUUGAUGGUCGCGAUGAUCCUGCUGGACUUGAACAAAUGUAUCCCCGGAGGAGGAGGAGGCGCCAAGUGUCUUGUGGCGCAGGCCGACGAGAACACCCGCGACAAGGUGGACCGCCGGUCGGACAGCGAGGACACUCUGGCCCCGGUGCCGGCACCGACUCAUUACCGGAAUAAAAAAUCAGCAAUCAGGCACGAGUCUCCCGAGAAGAAGCACAGCUGCCCGUUCAGCGGUUGCGGGAAAAUGUAUGGAAAGUCGUCCCACCUCAAGGCUCACUUAAGGGUCCACACCGGGGAGCGUCCGUUCGAGUGCACCUGGAAAGAUUGCGGUAAGAAGUUUUCGCGGUCGGACGAGCUGACCCGGCAUUACCGCACGCACACGGGAGAAAAGCGCUUCAACUGUCCGCUGUGCGACAAGUGCUUCAUGAGGAGCGACCACCUGACGAAGCACGCCCGGCGGCACGCGGGCUUCCAGCCAAGCAUGCUGCAGUGCCCCAGCGCGGCCAAGAGGCGGCGCUGCUCCCUGUCCGUCUCCUCGUCCGACUCUGGAGACCGAAGUCCCGCUGGGUUUUAGGUUAAGGACGCACUCCCAUUCAGACGCAGGAGAACCCAUGUGCACGGGAGGACGAACGCAGUAAAUAAUGUAAAUAAUUAAAACGAGAAAAAAAAAUAUCAAACGCAUGACUAUGUGCAGAUGUUCUCUGUAAAUAUUGCAAACGCAGUGUAAAAUUAUCUUUCCAUUUCAAAAAGUCAAUCUUUGAUACUACCUAGAAUCAGCGGUCAUUCUACUGUGAGUCUCCUUUCUUAUUUCUAAAGUUCAGAAACAGCUAGGUCACAUGUACUGAGCUGGUCAGGUAACUCAGAUUUUUUUAUACUUGAAUAAUGUGCAAAUGAGAAGCCUUUUGUGUAUAGCUUUCUAGAUGAACGCAGACCUAUAAAGAGGAGGAAACAGUAAAUAAAUCACACAUUCAAUGAAUGUGUUGGAAUCUUGUUCAAUUAUUUACAGACUGUGUUAAUAGGCUUAGACCAAUUCAGGAAAAAUAUGUAUUUUGCUGACGAGUUAUGGAAGUGAUCUAUGUAAUAUAUCGAUUUUAGUUCAAACGAGGCCUUUGUUUGUCCAACAGUAUAAUAAUACACUAGAAUUAGCUUAAUGUUAAACUGGGUAUAUUGAAGUAAAAGCAUUUAGAGUUGAAUAUAGUUGUGUAUUGAUUAGGGUUAAAGUAUUGUAUAGUAGAUAUUAUAUACCUACUAUACUAGAAGAUAAUAGGGAUAGCUACUAACAUCAGUUCAUACCUUGUUCACUCUGUUAUCAGCCAGCUGGUUCGCGAGAUAAUUAUUCAUAGUAAUCAUUAAAUAGUCAAUUUCCUGUCUCUUCCAGGAAUUACAUUAAUAUUGAUGCAAAGGAGACAGAACGUAUGCAAGUAUUAAUUGCAAAGCUUUAUAGCAGAAAUAUAAGGUCAUUCAAUGUCUCACUCACAGUAGUCUGGACUCUGGAUUCUAGUAGGUUAUGACAUUAUUGGGUCAUAACUACAUUUUAUGUUAUGACCAUUUAUGUUAAGGCAUUGAGGGAAUGGUGGAUUGUUGUUUUAUUGCAAGGAAAUAUAAGUUAUACCCCUGGGGAGAAUUGGAAGCACACAGACGAUUCAUUUCAGAUGCAUGAUUCUGUGUGCUUCUUAGGAUUAUCUCUUCCGUAACGUGUGAAAUUAUUUAAAAAGGAAGUACUUUGUUAUGAAAUUUUGUGGAAUCAGACUGUUUUGAUAACGACAAUAAAUCUCCAAAUGCCAUUUAAUGCUUAGAGAAACCCAUAGAACAGACUCUUCCCAUGCCAACCCCAGUGUAAAGUGAGAACAGAUUCCCACCUUAAAGCAUCAAAUGACUCCGACGUUGUUGCCUUUCAGCCUGAAGCCUUUACUUUGGAUUCUGCUUGCUGCUUGUGUUCUAGGCCACUGUACAGGGUUACCCAGGGUCCAUCACAGGGGCUUGGAAAUUGUCAUGUUCAUGGAGGGAAAUGUGCUCCUCUUGGUUCUAACAAUAAACUCAAGAGGUCUUUCUAAA